AUGACUUCGGCAUCGGGAGUGGUUGCAAACUCCAUAAGAAACAAGCUACAGACAGCUUUGGAAACAACACACUUGGAUGUUAUAAAUGAAUCAUACAUGCAUAAUGUGCCUAAAGGAGCAGAGACACAUUUUAAAGUUGUCAUUGUUUCUGAUAAGUUUGAUGGAUUAGCCUUAAUUAAGAGGCAUCGUUUAGUUAAUGAAAUAUUAAAAGAGGAAUUGAAGAAUGGAGUUCAUGCUCUGUCUAUAGUAGCGAAAACAUCAAAACAAUGGGAGGAAAGUGAAAAGACUGUAGAAAGUAGCCCCAAUUGUAGGGGAGGUUUUGGAAAAUAA